AUGCGAUCUGUCACUGUCUUGUUUUUCAUUAUAUUUCUUUCAUCUAUAAAGGGCCAAACGACACAACUACCUAAUUAUUCUUGUAGUGAAAAUAAUGCUUCUAUUCAGUUUACAUUAUCUUCAUCUUCUCAUUCAGCCUGGAAUCCAACAUCAAGUUGUUCUUUGCAACAAUGUAAUACAAGCUUGAAUGGUAACAAUAAUUGUCUUUCAUCAUCAACACCUUGUUUUGAUUAUCGAACAAUCAAUAAUAUUAGUUAUUGUGCACCUGGUAUUUUAUGUUCAAUAUCGGAGACAUGUAAUAACAUUACACAAACAUGUUUAUCAAAUAAUUCAGUGUGCGUUAUUAAUUCAUGUUGUUCAUCACAAGCAGUAUGUUUACCAUUCUUAGCAACACAAAUGUGUAACACAGCAAUCUUGUCUACUAUUUGUGUAAGUGCUGGCAAGGAUGCUAUCCUCAAUGCCAGUCAAUUCAUCUACUCUCCUACUCAACAACUCUACGCAGCUGGUAUGCUUAACAACCAAUUUGGUGUCUAUCAGGCUUAUGGCUAUGGUAACGUUACUUCCACAUCAAUUUGGACUGCCAAUCAAUCAUCGACACCAACGGGUGCUAGCUUUGUGGCACAAGAUGACGGAAAUCUAGUUGUCUACACUGCUGGUGAGAGCCCGAUUUGGGCGAUAGGGGCAGACAAUGGUGGAGCGAGCGUACCGUAUUGCCUAAAAAUGCUGGAUAGUGGCAAUCUUAUUUGGGUUAAUAAUGCGAAUGCAAUUAUUUGGCAGUCAAACUCAUCCGGAUGA